AGUCAUGGAUGGACAAAUAAAAUUAUCUAUUAGGGAAUAAUAAUAUAAUGGCUAAUGUAAAUCAUAGUAGAACAAUUAAAACAUCAUAUGGAGUGGAAGCAAUCUAAUACUAGGAAAAAUACAUACAUGACAUAACAUAAUACCGCAUUGCAAGACCUUAAUCAUAAACAUUUAUUCCACUUUAAUUGAAUGUUAUUAAUCAAAUUGUUAAUAAGUUCGAUAUCAAGUGGUCAAACAAAUGGAAAUACUCCAAUUUCUACAAAUAACGAAUAAACCAAAAUUAACAUAUUCUAAUAUCCCACAAAUAGUAGUUUAAAGAAAGAGAUUGUAUUACAUCUGAUAUAUCUAAAUAUAAAUCUUAAGUUCAACCAAAAAUAAAUUUAAUUAAGAACACAUAGAUGGGUAUUUAAUUUAUAAAUGCCCUUUAAUCAAAAAUCAAGAUAUAAUUGCUUGUAGAUUUAAUAAAAAUCCAUCAAAUAAUUGUAAAUCAUAAUAUUAUAUGUAUUUAAUAUAAAUAUUUUCUAGCUAAUGAUCUUUUUGAUUUACUACGCCAAUUUUAAUGUCAACAUUAUAUUUGAAAUUUCUAUAGUUAGAUUUACAAUUAUAAUAAUUAAUAUUUAUUGUAAGGUCAUCAAUUAAGUGGAGAUUGUAAUUCACAUUAGGAUACUCUAAACAAACUUUGCAUGUAUGAAUUUUCACUAUCCUUUCUAUUAGACAAAAUAAAAAUUAAUAAAAAUAAUAUAAAAGUUGCGAAAAAGUCACUUUUUAUAUAAAUUUAUAUAUCAAUUGCUUCCAAAGAGACUUUGUUCCAUGAUGAAAUUGAAUAAUCUUAAAAAUAUAGUCUUUAAUCUCAAUCGAAACCCAUAUUCAAACAUAAAAAAAACCUUUAAACUUGAAGUAUCUAUAAAUGUUAACACCAGUUAUAAAUGUUAACACCAGUUCUUGUUAUACCAAUCUGAAAGUGAUAAAAUUGCUUAAAAUCCAUUUUGGUAUGAAAAGAGUUCAACCAUGGAUUAUUUAUUGAUGAUAUGA